AUGGCCGACCCUACUACAACUCCUCCUACCGUUGAGGAUCUUGCUGAGCAAAUAAAAGCCUUGGAACAUCAAGGAGAUAUUGCAUGGGUCCUAAUGUCAACCGCUCUUGUAUUUCUUAUGAUUCCGGGUGUUGGAUAUUUCUAUUCUGGCAUGGCAAGGAGUAAAAAUGCUUUAUCCCUUAUUAUGCUAAGUUGUUUAUCCGUUGCUGUUGUAAUGGUUCAGUGGUGGGCCAUUGGAUUUAGUUUAGCAUUCGGAGAAAGCAAAAAUCAUUUCAUCGGAAACUUACAACAUGCCUUCUUCAUUGGUGUUGGAAAAGAACCACUUAACGGCGUUGUUAACCUUCCAGGAAUCGUUUUCGCCUUAUAUCAAGGAAUGUUUGCAGGAAUAACUCCCGCUCUAGCGAUUGGAUCUGCCGCAGAAAGAGGUCGAAUUGUACCUGCAAUCUUAUUCAUCUUUAUCUGGUCAACCUUGGUAUAUGACCCAAUCGCUUGUUGGACUUGGAACGCUGAAGGAUGGUCUGCUAAGAUGGGUGGUCUCGACUUUGCCGGAGGCACGCCCGUCCAUAUUGCUUCCGGAGCAGCCGCUCUUGCUUAUUCUAACGCACGUGCUGGCAUGGCCUCAGCCGUCACAUCCUUAUCAGCUGCUGUUGGUGGAUUAACUUGGGUUUUAUUGGAUUAUAGACUUGAAAGAAAGUUGUCGGCUCUUGGUUUCUGCUCCGGAGCUGUUGCAGGACUUGUUACAAUCACUCCAGGUUCCGGUUUUGUUGGACCUUCAUCUGCCGUCGCUUUUGGAUUCUUGGGUGGUGUUUGUUGUAACUUUGCUGUUAAAUUGAAGCAUAUCUUUGAUUUUGAUGACGCAUUGGACGUUUUCGCUGUUCAUGGCGUUGGUGGUAUCAUUGGUAAUUUUCUCACUGGUAUCUUUGCUCAAAGUUCAAUCAUUCUUCUUGAUGGACAAGAAUUACCUGGAGGUUGGUUAAAUGGACAUUGGAUACAAUUAGGUCAUCAAGCUGCUGAUUCGGUUGCUGGGUUGAGUUAUUCAUUUGUGGUCACAUACAUUAUAUUAUUUACCAUGGACAAAAUCCCUGGACUUUCUCUUCGAGCUGAUCCAGAAUCUGAAGCCAGAGGGUUGGAUGAAACCGAAUUAGGGGAAUUAGCUUAUUAUCAUGUCGACAGGCUUAUUUCUGUCAAUACUCGAACUGGUGAAACUAAAACCGUCAAAGAAGAAACUAUUCACCAACAAAAUGACACAAGUGCGACAAUUGUAUAA